GUAUUUCACAUGCACCUGUGCCAACAAGACAAAAAAUGAAAAAUAUUUGCAAUAAAACUUGAAUUACACUAUUUUAAUCGUUACAAAUAGUUAUCAAGUAUCGGUAACCUAAAGUUGGAGACAUAAGCUACAAAAUGAUAGCAGAUUUGAUUAUUUGCGGCACGCUGUUGGUCAACGCAGGCGCUAUACUCAAUUUCAAACUAAAAAGAAGCCCAGACGACUCGGCUUUCGGCGUAGUUUCCGAGCCAACAACUGGAGACAAAAUACGUGAAUUUCUAAUCAGCUUACGAUAUUUCAGAAUAUUUAUUGGCAUUUGGAACAUCUUUGUGAUGUUUUGUAUGCUUGUGUUCUUUGGACAUUAGACUUAGCGGCCUGGUCUAUUCAACACUGUACAUAGACAGUUGCACAGGGGCAAAACUAUAGUUGGUGUAAAUACAUUAUAUACUGGAUAAGGGAAGGGGACUUUGUAAAUACUUAUAUAGAGUGACUGAACAUUACUCGCACUUACAUUUAAAACUUCAAAUCGGCAGUAACUUAGAGUAUCAUCAGGGGCAAAUUCUGUCUAUAACUACGAUUCAUCAAAGGAGUAGGUCCAAGCAUUAAAAUAGUGUACAAGAAACAUUAAAAAUGGCAACGGGCGAAAGUGUAUGUUUACUCAAGUGUGAGAAUAAUUCUCACGAGCCUAUCACGCUACCUGACAAAAUCCCUGUUGUGAUUGGACGUACACCAGAAAUGAAGAUUGUUGACAUCAAAUGCUCAAGACAACAAUUGGAGUUGACAGCUAAUUAUGAAACUAAGACUGUGGAAGUUAAACAACUAGGCUCCCGUAGUGCAUCUAUAAAUGGGGAACCAAUCACUAGAGGAGAUUCAGUCUCGUGGAAAGGCAACUCAAUUUUAUGCAUCAUUGGCUCCCAGUACCCACAUUCCGUCAUAUUCAAAUCAACAGCCUUAAAUGGGACGCCCAAAUCAUCAGUUAAGGGUUCCACUAUUGACUCAUACUUCAAACCAUCAACAAAGCGAAAACAAGAAAAUAGUGACGACCACAAUGCGAGUUGGAAAAAAUUCAAAACUGAUGCUCCGAGUUCAUCAACAAAUGGAAAUAACAUGAAGGAUAUAUCUGGUUCGGAAGAUGAAAGUGAUUCUGAUAAACAAUUUGAAGCGUUGAAGAAAGCAGCUGAAGAACGUCGUAAGGCAAGAGAGGUGGCACAGGGAAGAAAUAAUCAAGUAAAUAAGCAAGAUGGCUCUCUUGAUGUGGAACCCAACCUACCCUCCACAAGUAACAAUCCUAGUACUGCCUCUGAGGACAAAUGGGAUAUGGUUAAACCAAUGACAUUGAUGGUGUAUACUGCCAAGGGAUCCACCCCUAGAAAUAAGGUGGCUAGUUUUGAUAUAGAUGGCACCAUCAUCGUGACAAAAUCUGGUGCAAGAUUUGCGAAGAAUCCUGAUGAUUGGAAACUCCAGUUUCCUGAAGUGAAACGAAAGUUGCAGGAUCUUCACAAUUCUGGCUAUAAGAUUGUAUUCUUCACUAAUCAGAUGGGCAUAAAGAAAGGCAGUGUUAAAGUCCCAGAUUUCCAGAGGAAGGUUGCUAACAUUGUUAAAGCUAUAGGAGUUCCUGUACAGGUGUUUGUUUCAAUAUCAUCUGGAAUUUAUCGAAAGCCAUCACUUGGUAUGUGGCACCAUCUGGUGGAUGAAUGCAAUAACGGGGUGAAAGUUGAUAUCAGUCAGAGUUACUAUGUUGGAGAUGCUGCUGGUAGACCUGUUAAAUGGGCACCUGGAAUGAAAAAAGAUUUCUCCUGCUCCGAUAGACUGUUUGCCGUGAAUGCAGCUCUGAAGUUCUACACACCAGAGGAGUUUUUUCAGGGCUGGAGCAAAGCACCUUUUAACAUGCCUGAAUUUAACCCUGGUAGUGUUGACAGCAGUGGUCCAUUGACAACUCCAGCAGGAGCCAAGAUAGUGUCUGAGGGACAGGAGAUUAUUGUACUAGUUGGAUUCCCUGCUUCUGGAAAAACAUUCUUCACUGAGACGUAUCUGAAGCCUGCUGGGUAUCUCCAUGUCAACAGGGAUCAGCUUGGCAGCUGGCAGAAAUGUGUACAAGCGUGCAAAAAGGCUGUAAGCCAGGGACAGAAGGUGGCUGUAGACAACACUAGCCCAGAUCAAGAAUCAAGACAGAGGUACACCAGUGUAGCCAAGGAAGCAGGCGUUCCCUGUAGAUGCUUUAUCUUCAACACAACCUUACAACAGGCGCGUCACAACGAAGCCUUCCGCAAGAUAACAAACCCAGCUCAUCAACCAAUCAAUGACAUGAUCAUGAACUCUUACAAGUCGAAAUUCACUCCGCCAACUUUAGCGGAAGGAUUUUCCGAAAUUGUGAAAGUGAAUUUUUUACCCAAGUUCAAAAAUGAAAAAGAAGAGAGGAUCUAUAAACAGUUUUUGAUUGCCUAGUAAUUUAGCUAUCAAUUCUUUCAAAGGCUCUUUCUGAACUCGAAAAACUAUUUUUUCUGCUUUUACCAAGAAACAUGUAAUACUGAAGUAAACACUAAUAAAUUGAUAUAAAUUGCUACACU